AAGGGUAAAGGAUCUGAUCAAUCUCCCACCUUGCAUCGUGCGGAAGGGAAUCAUUAUUGGACGAGUUCGAUGAAACCUUUCCUAACAAUGAAAAGGCCAAGACCUUCACCACCACUUUCCCCCGCCUCCACCUCCACCAAACGAAAACCACUGCCACCUCCUCAAACCCCACCAAUCUCCGCCAAAAAACCUAAACCUCAGGCCCAAUGGGUCCCACUAAACCUCUCCCAAUCCGAGCUCUCCCUUCCACUUACCUUCCCCACAGGCCAAACCUUCCGCUGGAAACAAACAGGCCGGCUCCAAUACACCGGCGCCAUCGGACCGCACUUGCUCUCCCUCAAACACCUCCAGAAUGGCGACGUUUGUUACUUCAUCCACUCCACCCCUUCCGAAUCCGCUGCCAAGCUAGCGCUUCUCGAUUUUCUCAACGUGGGCAUUUCCUUGGCCAAGCUCUGGCAGGUUUUCUCGGAGAAUGACUCGAGGUUUACUGAGCUGGCCAAGCAUUUGAAGGGUGCGCGGGUUUUAAGGCAGGACCCAGUUGAGUGCUUGGUCCAGUUCCUUUGUUCUUCUAAUAAUAAUAUUGGGAGGAUUACUAAAAUGGUGGAUUUCGUUUCCUCUUUGGGGACUUAUUUGGGCAGUGUUUGUGGGUUUGAGUUUCAUGAGUUCCCUUCAUUGGAACGUUUAUCAGUUGUCUCUGAGGAAGAGCUUCGUGGGGCUGGUUUUGGUUACAGGGCCAAGUACAUAACUGGCACGGUUGGUGUUUUGCAAUCAAAACCAGAUGGAGGUGCUCAAUGGCUUCUUUCUCUUCGUAAAUUGGAUCUUCGAGAGGCAAUUGAUGCUUUAUGUACUUUACCUGGAGUUGGUCCCAAGGUGGCAGCAUGCAUUGCUCUCUUCUCUCUCGAUCAGCACCAUGCCAUUCCUGUUGAUACACAUGUGUGGCAGAUUGCUACAAGGUACCUCCUUCCUGAGCUUGCAGGUGCCCGUUUGACACCUAAGCUUUCCAGCCGUGUGGCAGAGGCAUUUGUGAGCAAAUAUGGGGAAUAUGCUGGCUGGGCUCAAACUCUACUUUUUAUUGCUGAAUUACCUUCACAGAAGGCUGUCUUGCCAUCACACUUUUGGGAUAUUGAAGAGAAAAAACCUGCCAAAAGAAAAGACAGUAAUAGGUGCAGCAGUGAUGGAAGCUAUAGUUGAAAUUACUGAAACAUUAAUUUUGGUGACCAGAUAUUUGAACUUUAGCCAUCUAGCUACCUUUACCCGCCUUUACUAUUGGCAUACUCCUUUUUUUCUUAAGAGCAAGAUCUUGGAUGAUAUAUAUCUGAAGAUCAAAUGCAAGAAGUUUGUAGGAAUUACUCUCUUGUGAUGAUAAGGAUUCUGAAAGAUAAAGCAUGGGUUUGGUGAGAUCUGAGCACCUGGUUGGGGGGAAAAAUAUGUGGCCUUGACCAGUUGCUGUUAUGAGCCUGCUCAGGCCUGUCAGGUAUUUUUCUAUAUUUCUGGAACUAUCCCCUCUUUGUUACCCAGAAGAAAAUUUUUAAUGUCAAGCAUUACUGCAAAAUGAUUCAAACAUUGAUGAUCAGAUAGCACAGCGACAACAAUGAAUAAUCUCAAGAUAAUUGUAAUUGUUGAUGUCCCACUGCUGUAUCUCGAUAUUUGUAUCAAAUUGUUGUCCAUUUUUAGCUGUAUGCAGAAUUUAAUUAAUUUAUACUUUGUAGGCAU